CACAUAAAACUCAUGCUGCAGUGACUUAAGUUUGUUUUUAGUUUAAUAACCUCACAUUUGUUUUUGAAAUGCCUCCUAAAAAAGCUUCUGCAGAGCCAACUGCUGCAAUCCCAAAGGAUUCUGAGAAUGGAACCACUGAAACAAAAACAGAUGCUUCUGAAAGCUCAAGCAAUAAGACCGCUGGACGGAAAGUUUCUCCACAUCCAUCCACGAUGGAGAUGGUGAAAGAAGCUCUGAAAGCGCUGGAUUCCAGAAAGGGUGUUUCGGCUCAGGCCAUCCGGGGUUACAUAAAAGAGAAGUACACAACCGUGGAUGAGACAAGGCUGAAGUUUAUGGUGCGUCGAACCCUGAACAAAGGCAUCGAGACUGGUGUGUUUGUGAGACCUGCGAAUUCUGGGUCAACAACAACAGGUGCCCAAGGACGCUUCCGGAUUGCUGCCAAGACCAAAGCAAAGGAGGCUAAGGCGCAGUCAAAGGAAAAUGCUGAUCCCAAUGUACAGAAGUCACCUAAACCUAAGAAAGCUAAGGCAACUAAAGUCAAGAGUGAAGGUUUUCUCUUCCAUUUAUCUAUCCAAGGAAAAAGCAAGGAGAAGUCCACAAAGAAAAAGGAGGCCGCAGAUGAUGCUAAGCCUAAGACGCCUGAGAGAGAUGGCACUGCCUCAAAGGUGGCCCCUGCUAAGAAGCCAAAGGCGAAGAAUGCUGCAGGGGAGGGUGGAACUGAGCCCAAACCGAGCAAAGCUAAAAAAGCAUCUAAAGCAUCAAAAGGAGUUGAGGAACCAGUGGCUAAGAAAGCUGGAAAGAAAACUGCAAAGGCAGAGGAGGGUGAAUCGGGAGAGAAAGGUGCUGCAGCCGCUACGAAAGCCCCGGGGAGACGAGGAAAAAAGUGAUGCAGGGACUUGUACGGUUUUUAUUCCCUACAUAGUUUUAUCUGUGCACUUGUUUACCAAAUAAAGAUUUUUACAAGAAAAA